AUGACAGAGGCAAAGAGAAAAAAGAAAAGUGUGCUGUGGAGCAAGAUGCAUAUGCCCCAUUGUGAAGACUUUAAACAGUGGUGUAGAAGGCGGCUACCUAUUUUGGAAUGGGCAACACAUUACAAUCUGAAAGAAAAUUUGCUUCCAGACGCUGUGUCUGGGAUAAUGCUGGCAGUUCAACAGGUGACACAAGGGUUGGCCUUUGCUGUUCUCUCAUCUGUGCACCCCGUGUUUGGUUUGUAUGGGUCUCUGUUUCCUGCCAUCAUUUAUGCCAUAUUUGGAAUGGGACGUCAUGUUGCCACAGGCACGUUUGCCUUGACAUCCUUAAUAUCAGCUAAUGCAGUGGAACGGCUUGUCCCUCUGAACAGUCAGAACCUUACCACACAGAGUAACACAAGUGUGCUGGGCUUAUCUGACUUUGAGAUGCAAAGGAUUGGUGUUGCUGCAGCUGUUUCCUUCUUGGGAGGUGUGAUUCAGGUGGCCAUGUUUGUGCUACAACUGGGUAGUGCCACAUUCCUGCUUACAGAGCCUGUGAUCAGUGCGAUGACAACUGGGGCUGCCACCCAUGUCGUGACUUCACAAGUCAAAUAUCUCUUGGGAAUGAAAAUGCCAUAUAUAUCUGGACCACUUGGAUUCUUUUAUAUCUAUGCAUAUGUCUUUGAAAACAUCAAGUCUGUGCGACUGGAAGCACUGCUCUUAUCCUUGCUGAGCAUCGUGGUGCUUGUUCUGGUUAAAGAGCUGAAUGAACAGUUUAAAAAGAAAAUUAAAAUUGUUCUUCCUGUUGACUUAGUCUUGAUUAUUGCUGCAUCAUUUACUUGUUAUUGUACCAAUAUGGAAAACACAUAUGGAUUAGAAGUAGUUGGUCAUAUUCCAAAAGGCAUUCCUCCACCUAGAGCUCCCCCAAUGAACAUCCUCUCUGCAGUAAUCACUGAAGCUUUUGGAGUGGCACUUGUAGGCUAUGUGGCCUCACUGGCUCUUGCUCAAGGAUCUGCCAAAAAAUUCAAAUAUUCAGUUGAUGACAACCAGGAAUUUUUGGCCCAUGGCCUCAGCAAUGUGAUUCCUUCAUUUUUCUUCUGCAUACCAAGUGCUGCUGCCAUGGGAAGGACCGCUGUCCUAUAUAGCACGGGAGCAAAGACACAGGUGGCUUGUCUAAUAUCUUGCAUUUUCAUCCUGAUAGUCAUCUAUGCAAUAGGACCCUUGCUUUACUGGCUGCCCAUGUGUGUUCUUGCAAGUAUUAUUGUUGUGGGACUGAAGGGAAUGCUAAUACAGUUUCGGGAUUUAAAAAAAUAUUGGAAUGUGGAUAAAAUUGAUUGGGGCAUAUGGGUCAGUACAUAUAUAUUUACAAUAUGCUUUGCUGCCAAUGUGGGACUGCUGUUUGGUGUUGUGUGUACCAUAGCUAUUGUGAUUGGUCGUUUCCCAAGAGCAAAGACUCUGAGUAUAAAAAAUAUGAAAGAAAUGGAAUUUAAAGUGAAGACAGAAAUGGAUGAUGAAACCCUGCAGCAGGUGAAAAUUAUCUCAAUAAACAACCCACUUGUUUUUCUGAAUGUAAAGAAGUUUCAUGCUGAUCUAAUGAACAUAAUCCAAAAAGAAAAUGCCAGCAACCAGCCACUUGAUGAAAUCAGCAAGUGUGAACAAAACACAUUGCUCAAUUCUCUAUCCAAUGGCAUUUGCAAUGAAGAAGCAACACAACCCUGCCUGAAUCAGAAGUGUUCUUUAAUCCUAGAUUGCAGUGGAUUGACCUUUUCUGACUAUUCUGGAGUCUCCAUGCUUGUUGAGGUUUACACGGACUGUAAGAACAAGAGUGUGGAUGUAUCAUUAGUCCACUGCACAGCUUCCUUGAUAAAAGCAAUGAAAUACUGGGGAAACCUAGAUUCAGAGAAACCAAUUUUUUUUGAAUCAGUGUCUGCUGCAAUAAGUAACAUCCACUUAAAUAAGAAUUUGAGCAAACUCAGUGACCACAGUGAAAUCUGAGACUCUUUUGCUGCAGUACAGCUCUUUUCUUUAGCAACUGCCCCGAAGAGG